CCGCGCUUCUCGUUCGAGGAGAACCAGAUCCUGAUCCGCGAGGUCCGCGCUCACUACGCGCAGCUCUAUGGCGCGCAGAGCCGUCGGGUGAGCGUGGCCGAGCGGCGGCGCCUGUGGGACGGCAUCGCCGCCCAGAUCAACGGCAUCACCAGCUGGAAGCGCACGGGCCAGGAGGUGCAGAAGCGCUGGAACGACUUCAAGCGCCGCACCAAGGAGAAGCUGGCCCGCGUGCCGCACUCCACGCAGGGGGCUGGGCCCGCCGCGGAGGACGCCUUCUCUGCGGAGGAAGAGACCAUCUUUGCCAUCCUGGGGCCGGGCUUGAUGGUGCCGCCGGGGGCUGGGGCCGGAGGAGCCAGAGUGGAACAGCCCCCCGCGGCCGCCGCCUCACAGCCGCCUUCCUCGAGCGCCUUGGCCCAGUGCUAUGUCUUAUCCGAGGACCGCAGGGAGGGCCGACUGACGGAUUCCCCCGCCCACCGCAAGGGCGGUUCCAGCAGCCCGGAGCCCUGGACCCGGCCCUCCAGCUUCCCCCAAGACCUGGGUGGCCUUCAGCCCAAGGAGUGUGAGUCCCCGCCCCCCGCAGCCCAGCAGCCGGUCCAGCUGUCCCGCCUGGCCGUGUGUCCACCUUCCCCAGUCGCCCCCUCCUCGGCCCCGCCGCUGCCACCACGCCCGCCACUGCCACAGCCUCCACCUCCGCCGCCACCCCGCGUGGCACCUUCGCCCCCCAGCCCGCUGCCCCCUCCUCCUCCUCUUCCUCCUCCUCCAGCCACGCCCCCAGCCCCAGAUCCCUCCCUGGACUUACUGCGAGCCCAGCAGGAGACUGCCCACGCCACUUUUUUUUUUUUUCUUCCAAUUAAGUGA